ACAAAAAAAUAUUAAUAAUAAUUUUGAAAAUCUUUUGAUUUCAAGAUUUUCAAAACUAAAAAAAAAGCUACAAAAAAAAUACGUACACUUUAGUUAUUGAGAGAUUUAAGAGUCUCUAGUCUCUUCCUAUAAAUCUUCUUGAAUUUCUACUUAAAUUGUUUAUUGAUGUUGUUAUAUUUAUGUAUUGAAUGAAAUUAAGCAAAAAACUACAAAAGCAACAAUAAGAGCAAAGCAAAACAAACAAAAAAAUACCUUAAAAUAGUUUAAACAUUGUUAAUUAAGUGAUUUAUUUUGUAUUAGUUUUUUUGAGGAAAAUUAUUAUAUAGUUUUAUUAGCUUAAACAAUUUGUUUGUUUUCUUGUUAAAUUAUUAUUAUAUUAUUGUUAUUAUUGCUCAAAUAAGGCUAAAAAAAAUCACAUUUUUAUUAACAAAUUACACAGGAAACAUAAAACAACAAAACGAAUUAGCACAAACAACAGUUUACAACACUUUUAUAGGAAACAAAACAAGAACAAUAACAACAACAACCACACAAAACUAACGGACACACACUCAGACACUCACCCAGACAAUUUUCUUCUCAAAAAUAAACAAACACACAGUUAUAAACAGCCACUUACAUUCUCCUCCCCCCCAUUUUCUCUCACUCACUCUCACAAUUACUCAACAACAACUCACACACAAUCAAACGGUUUAGAGGGAUGCGUGAUCAAGGUCUUAGACAAAAACAAGAACAAAACUGAACAAAAACCAAACCUAAAAUAAACAAAAAAGGAAAAUUUUAAGAGAACAAGUAAAUAAAUCACUGAAGAAUUACUACAAAAGAGAAAAAUUAAAUAAAAAUACUCGUAUAAAUAAACAAAUUAAAUCUAAUUUUUAGCAAGAAAACAAAAACAAAAAUACUAGAAAAUAAUUAUAAAAUAUAGAAUUUUUAAACAAAAUAAUUAACAUAAAUUAAUUAAUAAACAAAACAAAACAAAUAUUUGGCUAAAACCCAACCUUUUAGUUAAAUUAAUAUCAUAAUAAAAUCUAAUUAAACAAAAAUUUGUUGUAAAAUAAUCCCUUUAAAAAAAAAACACAAUAACAACAACAAAACCAGUUAAAAAGCUUUAAUUUCUAACAAAAAGAAAAAGAAAUCAAAAAAUUUAUAAAAAAAAUACCGGAUUACGCUUGAAUUGCUUUUAUUGAAAAUAAAAAAAACAAACAAAAUUUACCCAAAAAAAAAAACGCUUUUUUAACAUUUAACAACAAAUUUUUAAUAAUUUUCCCUCACAUUCACACACAAACACUCAACACACUCAUUCAAACACCAACAUUCUUUUAAAAAACCUUUACAAAAGCUAAAUAAACUAGAACAAUACCAAGCAGUCAUCAUGAAAAAGAGUAAUACCGCCAAUACAAUAUUGUCUUCAUUGCCCACAAGUCCGACCAUGUCGGCCCAAAGUUUUGCUGGCAGUAAAUCGAGUCUAAAUAGCAGCCGCUCCAGUCGUUCUUCAAUCAAUUUGCAAACGACCAAUUCCAAAAGUAAUAAGGUGGAUCAUGAAAUUGAAACUAUUUUAGAGAAGGCAAAAUUUUAUACUUCAGUGUGCUUGGGUACCACGGCAAUUUUAUCGGUUUUUACAUUUCUAUUUUUAAUACCCUUCGUUGUUGAUCCUGCUAUAUCGACAAUAAUUGCUGAUUAUGAUCCUGUGCCGGUUACCUGUAUUGUUAUCGAUCAUAUCUAUGCCGAGGGUAUUAAAAAUUGUACAUGGAGCUCAUGCCGGGAGGGUUGUACAUCAUCACCGAACAAAUGUCAUCAACUCUACGUCAAUUAUACCCGUAUACCAUUCACAGAAUGGGAGAAAAAUCCCCGUGAUUUGGAGACCGUUAAAUGGGAUGUAAGUUAUACGAAAUUCUUAAUCAAUUCCGAAGGAUGUGGUUAUCCACCAACCACCAACUGUAGUGUAUUUGCCAGACAAUAUGGGUAUAAUCACAUAAAUGAACCAUUCGCUUGCUACUAUAGUCGUGCCUAUCCGGAGGUGGUUAUUGGUCGUUAUUCGUGGGAGAAUAAUCUAUAUCAUCUGAUAUUGUCGCUUAUAAUACCCACUGUAUUGUUUGCCAUAUCGAUUGGGGUCUUGAGCUAUUGGUAUUGUCCGUGUUGCGAUAAUGCCUGCAAUAAAUCUUCGAGGGUUUAUGCUGAAAAAUUCCCCACUAAGGAAGAAAAACUACUGUGUCACAGUGAUGAUGAGGAUGAAAUGGAAUACUAGAAUAUAAAAUAUUUUUACAAAGCAAAAAUUAUAUUGAAGAACAAAAAAACAAACAUAAAAAAAGCACAUACAGAAACAGAAACUUACACAAAUUUUAUUUUCAUUAGUUUAAAAUUCACACACAAAGACAUAAACAAAUUCUCACAAUUUGUAUAAAUUGAGAUUAAUUUAAAAAUUAUUUUUUUUUUUUUAAAUUAGCAACUUAUAUUUUUACCCCUCUAUUCAUAAUUAAGUUUUAAAUUUGUAAAAUUUGUAUAAAACAGAAUUUCAAUACAAAAAUUUGUUUUAUAAAUCUGUGAGAAAUUUAAAUAUUGAUUAUGAUUAAGGCUUUUAUUCUUUCCAAAGUUGUGUAUAAAUUUUCAUUUUAUAAUUUUGUUAGAAAUUUGUAAUAUUUUUAAAUCAGAAAGGUUUUAUUUUUUUGUAAAUUAUGCUAAUUUUCAUUUUAGUUUUAGAAGUUUAUUUUUAAGUUCUUUUUUAAUAGAUUUGUAAAAACAAGUAUAACAUAAAUAGUUUUAGUUCAAUGAUCUUUAGCUUAGUUUAAAUAUGGCUGAUAUUUUUUAAACACUAUGACAAUCAAUAAAGUCUUCAAUUUUUAUUCUAAGUAUCUACACAUAUAUCGAGCCCUUAGCGCCAAAUUAUCGUAAGCGACAUUUUCUAAAUUUUUUUUAUUGCAAAAAUUAAAAUUUUAUGGACCGACUGAUGUUUUAGCGUUCUCAGAAUAUCAAAAUUGUUAAUAACUUCAAAAUUAUAGGGGGGUAAUAUUUUAUCGUAAGUCAAUGUUUACAUUUUACAGUAAACGAAUUUUAUCGUAAGCGACACAUAGUGGUAUAGAAAAAAAAGAAGGAAAUAAAUCUGUAACUUCUAAAAGGGGGGUCAGACGGCAUGUAUUGCUUGUGUUUUGUGCCAUGUAUUGGGACAUUUUUCCAUAUGUAAACAUAUACAUACCGUGUGAUCCAUAUGAAACUUUGUGUAUGUAAAAUACAUGUGUAUUACUCGUGACAUUUUUGGCAAUUAGAGCAUGUUCUAUUUUCGUGUGUAUAACAGAGUUGUAUUUUGAAAUACAACACUGUGUGAGUGUAAAAUAAAAAAAACAAAACAAAAAAGAGUAAAGAAAAAUCAUAACAAAAUUAAUUUCAUUGCAUUAAAUAUAUAUAUUGUGAUUUAAAAAUGUUUUAAAUAAAUAUAUUGUUAAAAACAACAAACAUAUAAACUAAUAAAGGUUAUGUCACAUGCAAUUACAUAUGUACGUUUGAACGUGGAAAUUAUGAAUCAUAUGUAUAACGUGAAUUUUGACAUACACAUGGAAUUCCAUAUGUAUCGAAUACAUGUCCCAAUACACAAGCAAUACAUGCCGUCUGACCCCCCUAUAAGUGAUUAGAUUGGUUUGAAUGAAAUUUCACAUGCGCAAAGAAGAAGUGCUGUCGAGUUUAAGUUCUGAAUGUGGACCUCAUGGGCCCACCAGGAGCGCGACCAAGGGUCCGCAAAGUAGGACACCUCGGGUAUGUUACAUUUUUAAAACGAUGCUAUUUCUUCGUUUGUGUUCCGAUUUCAAAUUAGCGCUACAAAAGACCUAGUCGUAGCUGUCAAUUACCUCUUAUAGCUUCGGAGAUAUUCGCAUUUGAAAAUUAAAUUUUCAAUAUUUUUACCCAACCUACUCCAGUUUUUUGAUAACAGCGUAUCCAAAUAUUUUCCGAUUUUCUCCAGUGUUUCUUCAUUAACAACAUAUGUAUGUAUCAAAUAGAAAAAGAACUGUUUAAAAAUAAUGACUAAGUCAAAAGUUAUAUGCAUUUGAAUUUAAAAAAUGUUAAAAAGCCGAUUUUUCUCUAAUUUUUUUGGAAAAAAGAGCUGUUUUUCUUUUUAAGUUAUUACCAAAAAAUUCUAAGGGAAUUUAUACUUUCUGAAAGCUAAGUUUUCAUAAAAUAUUUUCAAUGAAAAAAAAAAAUUUUGUUACCAAAGGGAUGAGGUCCAUUCAAAAACAACAUAUUUUUUAUGUAAAAUUAAACUUUAGGGCAAAAAUUCUCAAAUCGCAUAUUCGAUAUCAAAAUAUAAUAAACGAUUUUAGAUGGCCCAAUAUGCUUUUAAUUAUUUUGUAAAGGAUUCCGAUAACUCCGACCCUGGUAUGGAUAUUAUAGCCAAAAAACUAAAAAUUUAAAUUUAUGGGAUUUUUCAACACUUUUUUGGGAAUUGCGGGAUUGCUGAUAAUAAAUUUCAAAAUUCGUUUUUAUUUUUCCAUUUUGAAUAGAAAAUUUUACAUAACUGUGAAAUUUCAUUAAAAACUAUUCAUAAAUAACAAUUUUAUUUCAAUUCAAAAUUCAAUAAAAAACAUUUUUUGUCAUAUUUUUCAAUAAAGUAUUUCAUGAAUUUUUAAUUGUCAAAAGUUAUAAAUAUUUUUGAAAAAUAGACAAAUAGCUUGAACGAAAUUAUAUUAUAUCGCAUCAUAAUAUUAUUAAUUCUAUGUAUAAAUUUCAAAAUAAUCGAAAAAACCUUCUCCUGUAAAAUUUGUGAUUUGUCGCUUACGAAAAUUUGGCGCUAAGGGCUCGAUAUAUUAAAACCUUGAUUCAGAAACAUGACCAUUUUGUGCACCCGAAACUCAAGUGAUCACUCAAAAUAGAAACCACUGAGUCAUCAGAGAAGCCAUAGGGCUUCCACAAUCUCUUGCACUUUAUUUUAUAUUUUAGUAUAAAAUGUCAAAACCAUUGACUUGUUGUUGAAUAAAUUAUCAUGAAGGUUUAUACAAUUUUUUUAUUAUGAAAAAGUGCAUUAUUUUUGAAGGACGGAAUUUUAAAGUGGCAUAUUUUUAAUCUAAUUGAGAUAUUGAAUUGAAAUUUUUUUUCGUCAGACCAAAAAUUAUGUUAUCUAAAACAAAACAAAAUUAGUUUAGAAUAAAUGUGGAUCAAAUUGUUCCUAAUAUUUGCAAUUCUAUUAAAAUUUUUAUACAAAUUUUAGUUUUAGAAACUCAAUAAAUAUGUAAUAAAAUCUUUAUUUAUUAACAAAAGUCAAUGAAAUUUUCAAAAUUUUUUAAAUAAAGUCAUUCUAAAUAAUAAAGUGUACAAAAACUUGUCAAAAAGUCAAAGGGAAUCCCGCAAUUCCUAAAAAUUUAAGCGAAAUUCCCAAAAAUGGUAUUUUUAAAAUUUUCUUUUUUUUACCGCAUAUCCUUCGGGGCUGGGAAAAUCCUUUGGGGAUAAUUAGGGAACACAUUAAGGUUUCCAUAGCUACUUUCCGUUUUCUGAUCCCAGCUUUGGGAUUUUAGAACAUGUGGCUUAAAGUUUAAAUUUUUAUAAAAAAUAGGUCAAAAUCCGAAGGACGUAGGAGUGACAUUUUCGAAAAAUAGGACGUGUUUUUUAUACCAAAAUGUUCUUCGUAAAAAUACCUUACAGAAAACUUCCGAUAUUUUUUGGCUGUAAUUAAAGAAAAAAAAAUGAAGAACUUUGAUUCUUCUUGUGGAUUAUUUUUAUUUGGUCUUUUAAUUUUUUUUACAUCAAGUCGAGAAUAUGAUGUCAUGUAAAUGGCCGCCGCCACAGUUGAUUGUCAUUUGAGCCCUUUUUAUGGCAUUUGCCAUCACUUUGGCCAAAACUUCCGGCGAUAGGUCCUAACAUUAUUGAAGGAUAUUGUCUUUAAGAGCUGCAAGAGUCUGAGGCUUGUUGAUAUAAACCCGCGACUUCAAAAAGCGAUCAAAUUAGGCGCUAGGGAAAUGCAUCCUUCAGCAGUGUGUGGCGUUGCACCGUCCUGUUGGAACCACAUGUUUUCCAAUCCCAAUUCAUCAAGUUGCGGCAAAAAGAACUCUUUGAUUGCUCUGUAGCGCAAUCGUUUGGCCCGCGACGUCUUCGAAGAAAAAGGUCCGAUGACUCCUCCAGCGAAAACAGCAAACCAUACAGUGACUUUGAGCGGUUGUAAUGGCUCUUCGUGGGUUACACGCGGAUUUUCAGUGCCCCAGAAGCGUAAAUUUUGCUUAUUUACGUACCCGCUAAGAUGGAAAUGGGCUUCAUCACCCAUGAUUAUUUUUGAUGAAAAAUCAUCUUCGAUUAUUGGUCAAAUAAAUAGUCAGCAAUAUUCCGCAUUCUGGAGCAGUGUAGCGUAACAUUGUUUAUUAACGUGUAUUUCGCAUGUGUUUACUACACAAAUGUCAAAACAGAACUGACAUUAGGGGCCAAUCGCAAAAUUUAUAGCAUUUUCUGAUAGGAGGAUUACUUUUGCGCCACAAGUUUUUUUUAAUAAAAAAAAGAGUUUAAAGUCACCUUUUCGUCCAAAAAACAGCAAAAAUCUACUAUUUUUUGAAUUUUUAAAUUGAAAAUCGUUUAUUUUUGUUUCCAUAAUCGAUAUUGCUCUGAAAUGUUUUGUAUAUUAUUGGCAAUUUAGUUGUCUAACUAACAAAAAAAUUUAGUCCAUUCGGUUUAAAAGUAACACCUAUAUUUUUAAAAAUUUCAAUUUUGAAAUGCCUAUAACAAUUAUAAGAGAUAAAUAGCACAAGACCUAAAAAUAUAAAAAUCUUUGAAAUCGGAUGGGAAACAAAAAAACGACAUGUGUUUAAAAAUUUUACAUGUUGAAGGUACCCUACUUUGGGCCCCCAUAGCGCCGCCCCUGUUGCAUUUACAGACCCCAUUUUAAUAACUUAAACUCAAAUACUCAUUGGCUAUUCCCAAUCGGACCAGCCGUUUAGAUUUAUUUGCAAACAAUUUGGAUUCUCCCCCACUGUGUGGUGUAGAGACCUCAACUGGGCGUCCACAUCGUUCGGCGUCUUCCCUGUUUGUACGGCCACAACGAAAAUCAGUAAACCACUUUUUCACCAUUGAAAUUGAUGGCGCAGAGUUCACAUAGUAUUUAUGAAGCUCAUGAUUUAUUAAAAAUAAUAAUUUGAAAAUAAUAAUGCAAAAAAUAAUGCUUAAUGAGAACACGAAAUAAAAUUUUUUCCAUUAUCUCAAAAUUAAAGCCUUUUAAGAACAACAUUCGUUUAGCUAAUACGACAGCAAUAUAAAUUCGAACUAAAUCCUUAAAAAUUUCGAAAAAUCAAGAAGAAAGCCAUGAUACAUAGCACGAAAUAACGUAAACAUUAUUUUAUGUACUACAGUACGUAUGAUUAAUAUUAAUAUUGGCAUGUUUUACAAAAGACUUCAUAACUUUAAUAAUACUUAAACGAUUUCAAUAAUUAAGGUAGUAAAUGAAAGCUUAGACUUUAAGGCAAUAAUGGGAAAGACUUUAAUUUUAAUAGAAUAAGCAAUUUUUGGAUUUAUAUUACUUUAAAUAAUUUUCUAAUGAAAUGUUCAUUAAAAAUCUUAAUUUACUUCUAAACUAACGAUUGUCAUAGUGUUCCAAAAAGCAACCAUAGCCAUCUUUGUGAGCCUUAGCUCAACUUUAGUUUGAAAAUAAGUUUACAAGUAGUUUUAUAAAUAAAAUUUUUUAUUAAACAAAUAUUUAUUUAAAUAUAAUUUCCCCAUUAUCCAAAACUAGUGAUUUCUAAGUAGCGUUGUUUAAUUACGAGUUGUCUAAUUAUAAAAUCGUAUAAAUAUUUAACAAAAAAAAAAAACAAAAAAACAUAUAAAAUUGUGAUAUCAUUAUUUUAGUUGUGUAAUAAUUUUAUGAAAAUUCUACUAAAAUAAUAAAUGUUAAAAAUGGCUUCUAAAAUUUAGCAAAAUGAAAAGAAAAACCCCUAAAAAACAAACUCAAAUUAUUAAAAUUUCUUUAAAAAAAAACAACCAAAAACUACAUCUAAUAAAAUUUAAGUUGUAGUAACUAUUAAAAGCAUUUUGAAAAAUAACAACAAUAACAACAAUUAAUAUUGUAUUAAAUUAAUUAGAACAAAUUAAAUAUACUAUAAAGUAAAUUAAAAAUAAAAAUAAUAAUUAAUUAACACAAUUGUAAUAUACAAAACAAAUAAAAAUCCCCACACAAAAUUAGUUAAAUAAUAAUAAUAAAAUGAAUUAGUUUUUAAAUAAUUAUUACAACAAGAAAUUAAGAAACAAACAACAAAAUUUUAAUACAAUUUAAACAAAAUUAAAUAAAUGAAUAAAUCCGCCUUGUGCUUAAACAUUUUUUUAUAAACAAAAACAAAUCAUUAUUAUUAAAGUUUGAGCAAAAAAAGAAAAAAAUAACAAACAAAUUCUAACUCAUGUAAAAACAAUUAACUUUCAAUUUAAUACAAAAAAUAACAAAAUUUCUGCUAAAAAAAAUAUUCAAAAAAAUAUUUUUAUUUUUAAAUCAUUUUUAUUACAUCUCUCAACAUUAGUUAAAAAUUUAUAUUUGCACUUUGCUUUUUUUUAAUUAAAACAAAAAAAUAUUCAUUGAAAUCUUUUCAAAAUCAAAGAAAAUCAAACAAAAAACUUUUUUUCUGCUAAAAAAAAAACAAAAAAUGAACACAAAUAAAUGAAAGAAACAAAAAUCUCUUUUUUGAAUAUUUAAACAAUCAAUAAAACAACAACCGCAACAACAACAAAUGUUUCAUGUUUUUAAUAAAAGAAAACAAAUUAAUAAUAAAAAAGAAAUGGAAAUUAUUAAAUAAAACAA